AUGGACCUCUCAGAACUCACCAAGAAGACGAUCGACGUCUUCCGCGGCUCCACUUAUACAUACUACACAUCGCCGGCCCAAAAGUCUAAGCUAACUCUCAUCCUUUUCCACAGAUGGCCCGACACCGCUCAUCUCUGGGGUUACGGCAUUACUGCUGUAGAUAACCUCGGAUUCGGCGAGUCUUCCAAGCCCACCGACACAAAGAUAUACGCAUGCGAUGGUAUCGCAGCCGACGCUAUUAAAAUCCUCGACGCAGAAGGCAUCAACAAGGCGAUAUCGCUUGGUCACGAUUGGGGCUGCAUGAUCGCCCAGCGGCUGUACAACUUCCACCCCAACCGCGUGUGUGGUCUCGUCGUCAUGCUCAAUGUCGCCUACACGGUACGCACGGAUCAAUUCGACCUCGACAAGAUCAAUGAAAAGACCAAAAAGAUGUUCGGUCGAGGCAUUCACGAAUAUUGGCACUUCUUCACGGCUGACGACGCCUUCGAAAUCAUGAAUCAGAACCUUGAGUCCGUCUACGCCGCUGUUUUCGGCAAACCCGAAAUCUGGUACGAGACCGUUGUCACCCUGGGCGGCAUGCGUCGCUUUGUCAGUGAGGGCCGUACGCAGCCGACGCAGCCGUUCGCGACCUCUGAGCACAAGGCGGACUCCAUGGAGCGCUUCAGCAAGGACGGCGGGUUUGCGGCGCCGAGGUGUGUGUAUACGGCCACCAGCACGGCUGCUCAGACUGAGUCGGACAGAAAGUUAACCGAGGAGGCCAAGACGGUGAAAGUCUCUGUGUUGUAUUGGGGCGGCACACGAGACUACGUGUGCAGACCAGAGUUAUGGCAGCAAAGCAUCGCUUCUGGCAUACCACCCAACGUGAAAAGUCUCACUCGGGCCGGUGGGCACUGGGCUUUUCUUGAGAGGCCCAGAGAAUUUGGAAUGGACGUGUUACGAUGGUUGCAGGAUACAUUCCCAUAG